GAAAUGAUUCAGUUAGAGGACAUUCCGAAUCUCUCCAGCCUAGUAUCUAGUUUUGAUCAACAGCAGCUUGCUAAUUUCUGCAGGAUCCUUGCAGUUACAAUCUCAGAGCUUGACACAGGCAGUGAUGACAAACAUACACUAUUGGCAAAAAAUGCUCAGCAGAAAAAGAACUUGGGUCCUUCUCGAGCAGAAAUGAAUCAAGCUACGCUUCUUGAUAUACCAGGCUUCAUUGAGCGAUUAUGUAAACUAGCAACAAGAAAAGUAUCAGAAACAACAGGAAAUUCUAGCUUUCUUCAGGAGCUGGAGGAGUGGUACACUUGGCUAGACAAUGCACUUGUUCUUGAUGCGCUAAUGCGUGUGGCGGAUGAGGAGACGGAGCAAAGCAGCACAGAAUCUUCAGAUGAGAGUGGAUUUGCAAACACCUCAACAAGGAAUCAGCUUCCCCAGUCCAUGAAGAUUAUGCAUGAGAUCAUGUACAAGUUGGAAGUGUUGUAUGUUCUCUGUGUGCUUUUAAUGGGCAGGCAAAGGAAUCAG